GUGAAUAAUCAGGACCAGCCUAAAACAUACUCCGUAAUCAUGUUAUGAGUAAGUUUCCUUCUCAAAAGACUUUUGGUGCUUUUCUCAACCAUGGUGGUACCAUCUAGAAUUUGCAGCACCAUCUUGAUACUACGAAUUUUUGGAGAUGUACACCAUAGUAGCACACUGGCAUUAGAACCCUAUGGUGGGUGGUGAUGGUGAGUGGCAGGGUCUAGGGUGUGUAAAAAUAUUCGAUCCGUUUGAUCCGAUACGAAAAUCCGAUGAUCCGAUCAGAAUUUUCGGAUAUCCGACCCGAAUUCAAGAUUUCGGAUCAGAUAUCCGAAAAAAAAUUCAGAUUUUCGGAUCGGAUUAGGAUCACUAUUUUUUCAUUUUAGAUAUCUGAAAUAUCCGAAAUAUUUCAAUAUUUCAAAAAAAAAAAAACAAUAGAAAAAUCCGAUAAUCAGAUCCAAAUUUUCGGAUAUACGAUCCUAUUUUAAGGUUUCAGAUUGGAUAUCCGAAAAUAAUUAGUUUAAAACGUGAUUAUUUUUUAAUUUUUUAAAAUUCGGAGAGUUUUCGGAUUUUCGGAUAUCCGAAACUUUCGAAUCGGAUUCGGAUCACAUUUCCCCGAUCCGAAAAUUUUGUGGGUCGGAUCCAAUAUCCGAAAUUGACACCCCUAUAUAGUAGGGUCAGUGGUGAAAGAGAAGGGGAUAGUAAAAGCAUAUGAGUAAUUUGACUAUUUAAAUACGUAAGUACGUUUUGUUUUGGAGUCGAUGGGAGGAACAUCCAAGUAAAUCGAGAAGAACCAACACAAGCUGGUGGAAUUGAUAGGAAACUAACCCUUUGACUUAGAGGUACUCUGUAACAAAGCAGAGCUCUUUCAACUGCGAAAUAUUUGAAAGUGACUCAAACAUAAAUGUGCGUAUCUAAACUUACCCGAAGUAAAUAAUGAUUUAGUUACACUACUAAAAAAAUCGAGAGAAAUUGUGUAGUCUAGUCGUACUAGUGAAGAUUUGUAGAACAGAAUUGGACGUUGUAAUAGAUGGCGGGAAACAUUAGUAGUGUAGUCGGGGUACAGCAGCAAUCCUGCAGUGGCAGUGCCGUUUCAUAUCCCUCCUAGCUUAUCAAUCAAUAGCAAAAAGCGCACUAAUUUAUGACCUACUCGUAAUAUGUAUCGUCUCAAUUACAAGUAUUUACCCAAAGGAACACUCAAAAUAACCCAUUUUCCAAGAACCCCACUUCAAAAAUUUGAAAAUGGCAAUCAAAAUCCUAAUACCCGGAAUCUAAAUCAUCAUUCUUUUGAGUUGGGUUUGUUCUCUUCUUUGUAAAUCUAAUCUUUCACCUUUCUGGGUUGCUCAAUUUUCUGAAAAUUACUCAUUUUCAUUUUGGACUUCUUAUUUGAUCAUUUUUUGAACAAAAAUUGAACUUCCAAGCUGUAAAAUCUGACAUUGAAAUGGGUUUUGGGGUUAGAAGUAAGAGAUGGAAGCAUCAUUAUCUUAUAGGAAAGUUGUUUGGUCCAUUUUCAUUUAUAAAUAUUUCUGAAGGAAGAGAAGAGGUUGAUGAUGUUGAACAUAGCAGCAGAAAUUUGGUUGAAGUAGCUGUUUUGAUGAAUAUUGUGCAGCGUUUGCACAAAGAAUGGCAGUGCCCCAGCCAAAAGCUUUCCGUGUGUGUGGUAUCUUCUUACAAAGCACAAGUUAAGGAGAUUGAGAGAAGACUGGGAAAUAGAUAUGAAAAACUCAAUAACUUUGAGUUGAAGGUGAAAUCGGUUGAAGAAUAUCAUGAAGGUGGUGAAGCAGAUGUUGUUAUAAUAUCUACUGUUAGAUCCAAUUCUGCUGGAUCUGUUGGGUCUAACUUAGAUCGUCAAGUAGCUAAUGUUGCUUUAAAUAGUUCCAGGCAUUGUCUUUGGAUACUGGGGAACAAAAAAAACCUUGUUGAAGCAGAUUCUGUGUGGGAAGAUAUAGUUUCUGAUGCCAAGGAACGCAAGUGUUUAUUUAAUGCUGAAGAAGAUGAAGACUUAGCCAAAGUCAUCAUAGAUGUUAAAAGUAAGUUGGAUGAACUUGAAGACUUGCUUGAUAAAGAUAGUAAUAUCUUCAAAGCUGCAAGGUGGAAGGUUGUCUUCAGUGAGAAUUUUGUCAAAUCUUUUGCCAAACUGCCCUCGGCGUUCUCUAAGAAGCUUGUGGUGAAUUUUGUUUUGAAAUUAGCUAAUGGCUGGCGGCCUAAAAGUAAGAAAAUCAACAUGGUCUGUAAAAGCUCUGUUGGCAUUGCUAAGCAAUUCAAGGUUGAGGGUCGAUAUAUCAUCUGCACAAAUGAUAUUAUCUGGGUACCGGGAUAUGCCACACAGAUUUUGAAGGUCUGGGAUAUCUUGCAUUUGGAGGAUGUACCGGCGUUAGUCAAUAAACUUGACAUAAUAUAUGGUGCACUCAGUGAUGAUUUCCUCAUAUGUUGCAAAGAAUCAUGUCUCCAAGGAAACUUGGAAGUCCCCGUACGCUAUGCUUCAUUCGAUGUUGCUCGAUACAAAGAUAAAAACGGUGGAUCAACAGGUUCUUUGGAUGCUGUUAAUGGUGGAAGAAGUUUUAUUGAGAAAGCGAAAGUUAAGGAGAGUUUACUUCUCAUGAAAUUCUAUCCAUUUUCUGCUGGUGUGUUGAGCCACUUGCUGUCAGCAUCUGAUGGCACAGUUCUGAACGUCCCCUUUGAGGUGUCAGACCAAGAAAGAGAGAUAAUUCUUUGUGAAAAAAGCUCCUUCAUUUUAGGACGAUCUGGCACAGGUAAAACAACUGUGUUAGUGAUGAAGUUGUUUCAGAAGGAACAACAACAUCACAUAGCUUCAGAAGGAUUCAAUGUGCAUGAUGCUCUGAUGCGUGGCUCUCCAAGCAAUGAACCUGGUAGAAUUGGAACGUCACUUUGCCAACUUUUUGUGACUGUAAAUCCAAAACUUUGUUUUGCAGUAAAACAGCACAUCAAUAAUCUUAGAAGGUUUGUGCAUGGAGGGAACUCUGGUGAGGCAUAUAUCUCCAGUGAUGUGAAUGAAAUGGACGAAUAUGAGUUCAAGGAUGUCCCAGAUUCUUUGGAAGAAAUUCCCUCACAUGUCUAUCCUCUUGUUAUAACAUUCAAUAUGUUUUUGCUGAUGCUUGAUAGAACCUUAGGUUUAUCAUAUUUCGAUAGAUUUCCAGAUAUUAGGAAAAUUUAUUCUUUGGAAACUGCAAGUUCUAGACUUGUAGCUCAAGCAGUAAGGAGGAAAGAGGUUACCUAUGACAAGUUUAGAACAUCUUACUGGCCCCAUUUCAACUUACAGCUUACAAGAAAUCUGGAUCCUUCAAGAGUCUUCACUGAGAUAAAUUCUUGUAUAAAAGGUAGUCUACAUUCUCGGGAGAGUGAUGACAUUAAACUUAGUUUGGCAAGUUAUCUGCAAUUGUCAAAGAGACGAGUAUCGAAUUUUAGUGAGGACGAAAGAGAAAUGAUAUACAAGAUUUUUGAGGAUUAUGAGAAAAUGAAGGUUGUACGAGGAGAAUAUGAUUUGGCUGAUCUGGUGAAUGAUCUGCAUCAUCGGUUCAAGUGUGAAAAAUAUGAGGGCGAGUUCAUGGAUUUUGUUUAUAUUGAUGAAGUUCAGGAUCUAACCAUGAAGCAACUCGGUCUCUUCAAAUACAUAUGCAGUAAUGUGGAAGAAGGAUUUGUGUUUGCAGGUGACACAGCACAAACAAUUGCAAGAGGUAUUGAUUUUAGAUUCGAGGAUAUAAGAUGUCUUUUUUACACAGAGUUUCUCCAUGGAGAAGAGAGAAAGAAAGACAAAGGGUUAAUAUCAGCUACCUCUCAUCUGAGCCAAAAUUUCCGGACUCAUGCUGGGGUUGUGAAUCUAGCUCAGAGUGUUAUUGAUCUUAUUUAUCAUUUUUUUCCCAAUUCUAUUGAUCCUCUCAACCCUGAAACUAGUCUCCUAUGUGGGGAACUUCCAAUUUUAAUGGAUUGUGCAACUCGCGAAGAUGCAAUCAUAAAAAUUUUUCAAGGUAAAGGAAGUCAUGGUGACAAUAGCAUUAGCUUUGGAGCUGAACAGGUGAUAAUGGUAAGAGAUGAUUAUGCUCGGGACAAAUUAGCCAACAAAAUCGGAAGACAGGCCCUUGUUCUGACAAUAUUUGACUGCAAAGGCUUGGAGUUUGAGGAUGUGUUGUUAUACAAUUUCUUCGGAUCCUCUCCAUUAAAAGAACAAUGGCGAUUAAUAUAUGAAUACAUGAACGAAAAGCUUUGCCUAUUGGAUCCAGAAACUUUUCCAAGUUUUACAAAUGCAAAACAUGAUGUUCUGUGCUAUGAGCUGAAACAAUUGUAUGUAGCCAUAACUCGUACAAGGCAAAGACUGUGGAUCUGUGAAGACAGGGAUGGUUUUUUGUCGCCUAUGGCUGACUAUUGGCAAAAGUUGAAUCUUGUUCAAGUUGAAAUUUUGGAUGAUUCAUUUGUACAGGCUAUGCAAGUUGCUAGUAGUUUAGAGGAUUGGAAAUGGCGCGGUAUGAAGAUGCUUGAGGUGCGGAACUACAAGGCUGCAACGCAGUGCUUUGAACGUGCUAGAGAUUUUUACUGGGAAAAGUUUGCCAGAGCCUCUGACCUUAAGGAAACUGCUAACAACUGGCGAGGUUUAAGAUUGGAUAAGUCUUUGGAAAUGCUCAGAGAAGCUGCAGAAAUUUUUGAAAGCAUUAAAAACAUCAAGAAAGCAAUCGAAUGUUACAUUGAUGCUGAAGAUUAUCAAAAAGCAGGUGAAUUAUAUCAGGUAGAAUCAGAUCUGAAAAGAGCCGGAGAAUGUUUCACCUUGGCUGGAUGUUAUAAACUUGCUGCUGAGGUGUAUGCUGAGGGAUAUUAUUUAUGCGAUUGCUUGUAUGCUUGUUCAGAGGGCAAGUUAUUUGACUUAGGUUUGCGUUACAUACGAAGUUGGAAACAACAAAAAUCACUCAGCUGUAAGCCUACACAAAAAAGGAUAGACCUUAAUGCAAGCGAGCAAGAGUUUCUCCGCAGUUGUGCUCUUGCAUCCUUUAAGCAGCAAAACAAACCAGCAAUGAUGAAAUAUGUUAAAGAUUUUAGCUCUCUGGAAUCAAUGCGAACUUUUUUGGAGAAGUUGGGUUGCUUUGGUGAACUUUCUGAAUUGGAGUUAGAAAACGGUAAUCUUCUAGAAGCUGCAAAAAGUGCAAGACAGAUGGGAAACAUUUUUCUUGAGGCAGAUAUACUAGGGAAAGCUGGUAAUUGUGAUGACGCAUCUCAGCUCUAUCUUGCGUCUGUGUUUGCUGGCAGUCUCUGGGCAGAUGGGAAGGGAUGGCCUUUAAAAGAGUUUCCAUUAAAGAAAGAUCUUUUGUCAAAAGCCAAAGCUUAUGCUUGUAACUGUUCGCGCCAUUUUAAUGAGGUGAUCUGUGAAAACAUGAAGUUCUUAUCAAGUGCUAAGUUCGACUUACGUGAGUUAGAAAGGCAGUUGGCACUGUCACUAAGGAAGAAAAACUUGAGGGGACAAAUUUUGUCUGCUCGUAGAAUUUUGGACAGGCUUCUUGCCAAUGAUGUUUUAAUGCAUAAAUCGGGAAUAAAUAGAAGUAUAAGUUCCUUGAAUAUGACAACUACAAAGAAAUUGAUUCGUCACUGGGACUUCUGGAAACAGGAAAUUGAGACAAUAUUCAAGUGCCUUGAUUCUCUCAAAGAUAAAAGAAGUUGUGAUUUUCCAGAACAUGAAAGGUUCUGCUUGGAAUAUCUUGGUGUGAGAAAACGGUCUAUCAGUUUGGAUGCUGAUUAA